UUUUUUUUAUUUCAGCAGCAGGUUUGGGGAGUGUUCGCUUGUCACAAGUGCAACUGAGACACUGAAACCGUGUUUUGUGGUGUGCUGUAGUUCAGCAGGAAAGGAAGUGUUGUCUGUUAUAGUGACAUGGCAUUUCCUGGGGCCUGUUAAACCGAGAAAACUUGCUUUGUGAAAGUCACUUUCUAGUCGGGUGUUUUCCUCGGCAUUCUCAGUUUCUCUGCAAAUAUUUUCCCUUUGCACCUCUCCGGACGGGGGCACCUCGUCGCCGGCAUGGAUCCAUCGGCCCGUGGAGAUUAAAAGCAUCCCCCGGCAUGGCGUGCAUAAACGCCCCUGCGUGGAAGGGCUGUGCCCCGCCGUGCCAGAAAGACUUGUCCUACCUGCAGCAAUGGUUAGAGGCGUUCGUCACCAACUUUGAGAAGAUCAUCGCUGUCCAUUCCCUGGAACCGAGAAGACCGGAGGACUCUGUCUCGGAAAUCCCACUUCUGCCUCUGGAUGUCCUCCAAGUGUUAACCCAACAGCUGACUUCUUCUGUGUCCCAAAUUUCACGUCAAGAGGUCGUUGAGGCUGGCCUCAAACAGGCGCUCUUGCUGAUCAAGUUCUUUGUCAUAAUUUGCAGGAAUCUAGAAAAUGUCCAGGCCGACCGGCCACCCCUGUUUGUCCAUGAGCUGAUUUGUCUGCUGUCCACCUGUUCGAAAAAGCUCAAGAGCUCCCCAGGAGAGCCCUGGCCCGACCGUAGCCAGCUGGAGAAUGUCACGCUGUACGCCUUGCACCUUUGCGAAUGCCUCUUCGAUCCCUACCAGACCUGGAGGAGACAGCUGAGCGGGGAGAUUGUGACCAUGAAGGAGAAGAGCAAAUAUAAGUUUGCACCAGCUGGGCUGCCUCAAGAGUUCGGCUCCUUUUUUGAAGAGUGCUUCGAAGAGGGCGAGCAGCUCCCAGAACCCCUUCAGUUGCGGCUGAUCCACCUCUUUGGGGCCAUUCUCUCCGGAUCCAAGCAAAAUGCUCUCCAAAUGGUCACACCGUCCACGGUCGAAGUCCUCAUGCUGGUGCUUAGGAGGUGGUGCCUUCCAGCCAACGGGCCCACCAAGAACCCCCAACUGCUGCAGCUGACCCUGAAGAGCGUGGUCUGCAUGGUUCAUGUUCUCCACACCAGCAGCCCCAGCCAGCGGGCUGUGGAGAUCCGGGCAAUCUUGGACAGCUUCUUCAAGGUCCUCAACGCAGACCAAUCCUUGGCCUCCCUGGAAGGCUCGCCAGGUCCUCAUUGGGAGGAGAAACUCAUCACGCUCCGGGUGAACAUGCUGGAUGCCAUUCCAGAAAUGUUGAACUACGAUGACCGGCCGGUGUUGCAAGCCAUUUUCCUUAGCAACAACUGUUUUGAGCACAUCAUUCGACUGAUCCAGAACAGCAAGCUCUACCUGAGCAGUGAGUGCAAAGCACCCGGAAGUGAUCUUGCCACGCGGUUGCUGACUGAGAUGGAGAUCCAUCAGGUUUUUGACAACAGCUCGGAUGCCAUUCCGAUUCACGCCAUCAGGGUCCUUACCUCCAUCAUGGCUACUUCUCCCGCUGCCAAGGAGGUGUUCAAAGAAAGGAUUGGCUAUUCGCACUUAUAUGAAGUUCUGAAGAGUCAGAGUCAGCCCACCAAGAAGCUGCUGCAGGACCUGCUAAACAUGGCCGUUGAAGGCGACCACAGCGCCUCCCCUCCACGCCUCAUCCACAACGAGCAGCCCCUCUUGAUCCUGAUCAUGUGGCUCCCAGAGCUGAAGUCCCAGGAUCUCCAGAUCUUCCUCUCGGAGUGGCUUAAGAAAAUCUGCGACGCCUCUCUCCAGAGCCGCACCACCUGCGUGAGGGCGGGCAUGGUGGGCCACCUGUUGGACGCCCUCUGCGCCGCCGAGCAGGCGCUGGACGGGAAGUGCGUCGAGAACCUCAUCCACCUGCUGCAAGCGCUGGGCAGCCUCUCCAUCCGCCCGGGCGAGUUACGGCAGUUGCUGAAGCUCCUCCGGACCGACCAGGGCAAAGGGUGCCACCCUUACACCGUCCAAGUCAUCCGGGCCCUUUCGGGCAUGGCCCGGAAGGAUGGGCCCGAACGGGCGCUGCAGUACUUCGACCUCACGCCCAGCAUGGCGGGGAUCAUGGUGCCCACCAUCCAGAAGUGGCCCGGGGGUGGCUUCGCCUUCCACGCCUGGCUUUGCCUCCUGGUCGAAGAAACCAAGGACGCGCUGGAGGAGACGGGCAGACUGAAGCGGAAGCAGCUGUACAGCUUCUUCACGGCCAGCGGGACGGGCUUCGAAGCGUUCUUCACCAUGGACGGGAUGCUGGUGGUGGCCGUCUGCACCAAAAAGGAGUAUAUCACAGUGGCUCUGCCGGAGUUCCCGUUCCACGAUGCAGCCUGGCAUUGUGUCGACGUCGUCCACAUCGUGGGCCGCCGGCCAUUUGGUCAGAACCUGGUGAAUAUUUUCGUAGACGGACAGCUCCAGAAAGUGGCUCAGUUGCGUUUCCCCUCCCUGGGCGAGGCCUUCACUUCUUGCUGCAUUGGUUCUGCUGGCCACCGGACAACCACCACAUCCACGGUCUACUCCCCCCCAUCUCACUCUCCAGAUUUGGGUUUCCCAACACACCCUUUCCUCAGCCGCUCACAGUCCUUCCCAGCUUCUCUGGCUCCUCACACCUGGACACCGAUUCCCGCCCGGGAAAGUGUGGUUUCCACUAUGGUCGCCGGGGCCCAGGACACCGAAUGGGGGAUGCCCACCUCCCUUGAAGGGCACUUGGGGUCAGUCUCCAUCUUCUACGAGGCACUCCAGCCUGCUCAGGUGAAGGCCCUCUUCUUGGCAGGUCCAAAUAUUGCAUCGCCAUUUAAGCCAGAGGGAGAUUUUUGGGAGCUCAGUAGCAAACUCCUUUUGUAUUACACACCCCAGGCCUGUAAAAGUAACAUCUGUCUGGAUCUCUCCCCAAACCACAACUUCGAUGGGAGGCUGACAGGGCAUCAAGUGGUGAACUGGGAUGUUAAGGAUGUGAUCAACUGUGUUGGCGGGAUGGGCGCCCUCCUUCCUUUACUGGAUCAAGUAGCAUCUCAGAAGGAAGAAGGCAAAGAUAGCCAGGAGAUCCAUGACUUGGUGGGCCCGGAGCUGACCUCUUCACGGAGUGCCCAGGGCUUGCCCAUUGCCCUGGGGAAAUCUUCAGGUUAUAAAGGUCUUCAUUUCAUUAGAUCUGAUGCGGGGCACAGUUUGCAUGAGAACCCUUUUAGAAUUCCUCGCUGA